AUUUUGCAAGCCAGAUUUUUUCAUGCCACAGAAGAUGAACUGGUAAAAGCAUAUCUUAUAAAAAUUUCUGGAGAUGGAAUUUAUUGAUAAAUCGCAAGUACAGUUUACUACUACGGCGGGUAGAAGUUUGAUAUCCUGAGUAAAAACGUACCCACACAAGAGUCAGGAUGGGGAUUUUGCAGCACAAACCUAGGAGUUUUGUGAGUCACGCAUGACAAAGUGCACUAUGCAGUGUAGUGCAGGUUAGCAAGUGCAGCCGCAUCACAGAUUCAUCUGCUCAUCCUGUUCACAGCAUCACAAAUUCCAAAACACGACUGGCAAUGGCUCUCAUGGGGAUGCGCAUUACAAGUCUUCCUGUCUUUGCAAAUCUGCAUUACAACUCUGGCGUGGGUACGUUUUUACUCAGGAUAUUUGAUGUUUUAUCAUCAGUAGACCAUCAGACUCUUCGAAGAAUCGAUUCAAGUAGGGGAUAAAAAUGGGUAUGGAAAGCUAUGCAUUGCAAAAGUAUCGUACUCGUAUAAAUGCGUGACAAAUUUCCUCAGCAUGAGAAACAAAAUUUGUAAUGCGGAUUUAUCUUAAGAAAAAGAUUUGUAAUGCAUGACUGCAAUUACCACGAGUUGUGCGAUACUUUUGCACAGGACAAAAGCGAGUGGGUAGCGAUUUGGGACCGCAAGGGUCGCGAGCGCAUAUGUAUUGCAAAAGUAUCCCAUACUCGUAUAAAUGCAUUACAAAUUUCCUCAGCAUGAGACAUAAAAUUUGUAAUGCGGAUUUACCUCAAGAAAAAGAUUUGUAAUGCAUGAUUGCAAUAGUACGAGUGCGAUACUUUUCCCCAGGAUAGCGCAGCGCGGACUGCGAUGUGGAGACGUUGAUGGGAGCCACCUCGCAUGACGGACUCGACUAUUCGCGCAUCGCUUCUGCCAUCCUUUCGGGCGUGAGGUACGCAUAUCAAAUGCAAAAAUGUCUAGGUCUGGAAACUUGUGUUGCUGAUACUUGCAUUGCAAACUUGCUGCUUGUACGGCAAAAACGCAUCAGAAAUUUCCCUCGGCAUUCCUUGCGGAUUUCAUUCGUAUUUAGCAUGACAAAGUACCAUAUCCAGCACGACAAAAAAACUGGCCAAUGGUAUUCAUGCAUUACAGAUCUUGUUGUCCUUGAAGUCCUGCAUCACAAAUCCAGACCCAGACAUAUUUGCAAUGCAUAACGCAAAGGGCGACACGAUUUUUGAGGUUGGGUCGGGGGCCGGGCUGCUGGCAAAAUACCUAUCCUGAGUAAAAUCGUCCCCACUCCAGAGUUGUCAUGCAAUUCUGCAUGCCAAAAAAGUUUCUCUUGCGGAGCCCUAUGACGAGAAGCAUUCUCUAUUUCUGUUUUGGAAUUUGUGAUGCAAAAAUCAGGAUGCUACGCUAGAUCUGUGAUGCUUCUGAACUAGCUCAACAGGAUUACACUACAAGGACAAACUUGUCAUGCCAAACAACCAAGGCUGGUUGAUUUGUCUAGGAGAUUUCCGACCUUGGCACUGGUGUGGGGACGUUUUUAAUCAGGAUAAUACCUUCCGGAUCCCUAUACCGGCAUCGAACCCGCCGCGAGCUUGGUGGAAUUUCAUCAGAAGAACGAACCCGCGCUAUUCUAUGUAAAAACGCGCCCACCCCAGAGUCAAGAUGGGGAUCUCGCAACACAAGUCGAGAAGUUUUGGGAGUCACGCAUGACAAGUUCCUCUCCGUAUCGUGCUGCAGUUUAGCAAGUGAAGCCGCAUCACAAAGCCAUCUAGUCAUCCUGCUUAUAGCAUUACAAAUGCCAAAAUACGACUGGAAAUGCCUCUCAUGUAGAUGCGCAUUACAAAUGUUCCUGUCAUUGCAAAUCUGCAUGACAGCUCUGGGGUGGGAACGUUUUCACAUAGCAUACGCGCGAGCUUCCAGCAUCCAGGUCGGGCACGCGGGCGAAGUGAUAUCAAAUGCAAAAAUGUCUGGGUCUGGAAGAAUGCAACUUGUCAUGCUAAAUCUGAAGCAUGCAAAAAUCUGUGUUGCAUGAUUACCACAAGUCGUCCGGUUUUGACCAAGUCGGGAGGCAGUUUCUCAUGCAGCAUAGGCACGAUAGAGAUCGCACAGAAUCUGACGUGCUAGCUCCUGCAAUGCAGACCUCGUGGGUCAUGGAAAAGCUGCAUGACAAACUUGCAUUCUUCCAGACCCAGAUAUUUUUGCAUUUCAUAAUCGAGUGCGAGCGACAAGUCCUACGACCAUGUGAUUCUUUACAGCAUCGCGCAGUACUUUCCGGAUUUGUCCUAUUUCAACCAGGCCGUGCGCGAAGCCAUCCGUGUGGCGAGGAAGGCCGUGUUUCUGGGCGAUCUCCGCACCGUGGGGAGGACAAAAAACAGUGCUGCCGAACUGGACCACUUGACGGUGAGCCAGGAGGAGUUGCGCGCCAUUGACUCCCGCUUUCAGGUGCUCCCCUCGUGUGCUGGGUUGGAGCAUCAGAAGCCGUACGACGCGGUACUGUUUUUGGGGCCCACGAUAUCGCAAGCAAAAAGUGUUACAGUUACACAUUGUGUUGCAAUACUGGCAACACAGACAACCUUCCUCAUGCAGGAAAUGCUUUGGAGCCUCGUUUCCUUCCUGUUUUCCCUCAACAUAAUCUUUGCAUUGCAAGUUUUCUCUGUCAUGCAAGGAAAACUUGUGAUGCUGAAGUCACAGCAAAUGUGUAACUGUAACACUUUUUUCGUGGGAUACACGGAUGAAAAGGACAAUGGAUCAUCUUAAAAACUACGAUUCUUGUUGUGAUGAACCAGCAUCAGCAAAGGAGAUAGUAUUCUAGUAUUUCUUCCCUACUUUAGCUUUAUUAAUUCACUUCUCAACAACUUCACCUCUGAAGAUGAAGUGCUGAUAGAGAGAGAUUUGAUCAUGAUUUUGAUUGGUGUGGUGCCAUCAGAAGAUGACCCUAGCGAUAGAAUCAAUUGAUUUUUUUUCUGAGCACAGGCAGUCUCUAGCGACACGGCUUGACAUCGACAUCAAGACUGAUUCGAUAAUGCAGGAGAAAAUCUCCGUAUAAUACAAAAAGGCUAAUUGGUACCAUUUGCGCAUCAAGUAAGGCGCCAUGAUGAAAAAAUAUGACCAAAUAUACAACGGGGAGAAGUC